AUGAAGGCUCCACUCCUCGUUUGCGCAAUGGGAGUGCUCAUCGGAGCGUUGAGCGCUGCAAACGAUACUUGUGAGAUGCGGCACUUGCUGGGAACAUAUCAAUUCGCGAUUUUUGGAUCUCAGGCUUGUCAACGAGCCAUAGAAGUCUACCCAGGCGAUGACGGGUAUUGUCCAAAGACGCUCAAACAUAUUUGGAAAAACAGUGGCAUAUGCGAGAUGACUAAUGCAAAGGGACAUUUGAUGCGAGACGUCCAUGGGAGGAGGCCGCCACAGAUUUUAUAUGUUGCACAAGGAGCAAAACUUCAAGGAAAGGGGCAUCUGUACAUCGACACAAUUGAUUGGCCAUCAAAGACAAGCAAUGCUUCUAGCUAUCUGCUGCCUGAAAUUAAGAGGGGCCAGCUGAAUGACGCCGUUUUCAACAACUAUGCCACUGAUAAUGUGAAGCACAGUAUUUUUGAUACUCGAAAUCAAUUCCUCUAUAUUAUCACUCAUUCUCACUUUGUGGCGUCGUAUUUUGUGCAAGGCUCUUUGAAGAAGGGCACUCUUUUCCCACAUCUUUUGUCCCACCAUGCUCAUGAAGCCCUCCAGACGCGAGACAAUUACUUGGCCGACCCUUAUGCACAUACACUAUAUUACACAGAACGCCGGCGAGAAGGUGGUCUGGAUUUGUAUGUGAUGCCAAUGGAAGAUUUUCUUCACUCGUUGUUUAAUGGUGUUGCUGGGAAAUAUGUGACUUCUUUCCCUGAAAAUAGGAAGCUAAUCUCUGUCUCGGAUGGAGUUUUGGUGAGCCGUUUGAAGGAAAAUAUGACCACAAUGUUCAGAGAUCUAAAAGUCAAUGGAACGGAUGUUUGCGCUUGUGAACAUAACGCGUUUAGCGGGUUCGAAGCCAACUUUUUAAUUCUCAGAGACUGGGAUUAUUGCAUGGCUCGCUACGGAAUGGAUCCUGAGUAUUGUGAAUUCGAGCGCAAAGAAGCCAUCAAAAGUCUCGAAAUUUCUAACGACAAGACUAUCGCUAAAUUGGAGAUUGACUGGCAAAUUGUUCUUCUAUGGAUUCUCGUCGCUGCACUCACGAUUGUGAUAAUGCUUCUCAUCUUUUCCUUGACGCGCACCUUGCAUUACCGCAACAAGUACGCUGAUUCUCAAGAGAAAUGCCAAUUUUUGCAAGAACAGGCAGCUUCAGCAAACUACUUCCCAGGAAAUGUCGGCUACGCAUCGGAAAUGGAUGUGACUGUGGAUCGCUACAAC